AUGCAACCAACAGGUAAUGACUGUGAACAAGACAAUGAUGGCUGUGCUACCAAUCCUUGCCCCAGCAUGAAAGGUUGUGUAGACAUAGCAGCUUCAGAAGAACAAGUCACUGGGCUAUCAUACACAUGUAAAGAUUGUCCUAUUGGUUAUCAACUGAAUUCUAAAAAAACCAAGUGUGAAGAUGUUGAUGAAUGUAAGAUAACCCCACCUUGUGGUGCAUAUGCUGUAUGUGAGAAUAAUUACGGCAGUUUUGUUUGUAACGGCCCAAAAGGCUUCAGAAAAUCUGGAUCAGUCAAUUGUGUUGACAUCAACGAAUGCUCAGAGAAAUUACAUGAGUGUGAUCAAAUAUGUGUUAACAACUUAGGCAGUUAUGAUUGCAGAUGUUACCCAGGAUUUGCUAGGACUGAUGGCAAAUGUGAACUGACAGAAAAGGACCCAUGUACAUUAAUUAACAAGUCUUGUGAAUACAAUUGUCGAAAUGGCAGCAAUGGAGCAGAAUGUUUUUGUGCAUCAGGGUACAAAUUAAAAGCAAACAACUAUUCUUGUGAAGAUAUAGAUGAAUGCAAAGAGAAAAUCUGUUCACAAAUUUGUAUCAACACAAAUGGAAGUUUCAGUUGUUCAUGUUACUCUGGAUAUACUCUCAACAAGAAUGAUUUGCGAUCUUGUGACACAUGUCAAGGCAACACCUAUGGUUACAACUGUAGCAAUACAUGCCAGUGUAAAGGACGGGCUGUAAGAUGUGACAAUGUUAAAGGCUGUAUCUGUCAAAGCAAUUGGAAAGGAGAAACAUGUGAAAUAGAUGUGGAUGAAUGUGCUAUAAAACCUGAUGUCUGUCCUGCGGAUCAUAAAUGUAUAAAUACAGAAGGCUCUUAUACUUGUGACUGUCCUGUGGGUUAUGAAGAUAUAAAUGGAACAUGCAUUAAAAUAAAAUAG